AUGCUCAGCUUUGUGGAUACACGGAUUUUGUUGCUGCUUGCAGUAACGACGUUCGUAGCAAGAGGCCAAUAUGGAGACGAAUACAAUGGAAGUGAUGAUUACCAAGAUGAAUUAAUGGGACCACAAGGACCCUCUGGCAACCGAGGCCCAUCAGGAGACAGGGGUCCACGAGGACCAGACGGUAAAGAUGGAACCCCAGGCAAGCCAGGCCUUCCUGGACCUGCUGGACCACCUGGCAUGAGCUUCGCUGCCCAGUACAAACGGGAUGAACAAACACCAGGAAUCAUCGGACCAAUGGGAAUGAAAGGACCACAAGGAGCCCCUGGUGCUCCUGGUUCUCCUGGCCCUCCAGGUCUGCCAGGCAUUUCAGGUGAAGCUGGUUCUUCGGGUCCAGCUGGCCCUCGUGGUCCUCAAGGUUUACCUGGCAAGCCUGGUGAAGAUGGUUCAAAUGGCAAAUCCGGAAAACCUGGUGAACGUGGUAUUGUUGGACCCCAGGGUGCUCGUGGCUUCCCAGGAACUCCUGGUCUUUCUGGCAAGAAAGGACACCGUGGUUACAAUGGUCUGGAUGGUGCCAAGGGAGAGCCAGGUUCUGCUGGUGUAAAGGGUGAAACUGGCAACCCAGGAUCAAAUGGUAGCCCUGGACUGGUGGGUCUUCGUGGUGCUACAGGUGAGAGAGGCCGCGGUGGAGCUUCUGGUGCAGUUGGUGCCCGAGGCAGUGAUGGAAUGCCAGGACCUACAGGCCCUCCUGGACCCAUUGGUGCAGCUGGUCCUCCAGGCUUCCCAGGCAGUCCUGGUCUCAAGGGUGAAAUUGGACCAGUGGGUGCUCGUGGUCCAACUGGUGCUCAAGGGUCUCGAGGUGAGCCUGGUGCUGUGGGUCCUGUUGGCCCAAUGGGUCUUCCUGGUAACGCAGGUGCCAAUGGUCUCACUGGAUCAAAGGGUGCAAUUGGUGCUCCAGGUAUCGCAGGUGCUCCUGGCUUUCCAGGAGGACGUGGUCUGACUGGCCCUGCAGGUGCAAUAGGUCCUGCAGGUCUUCGAGGAUUCCCUGGUGACCCCGGUGUUCAAGGCAUCAAGGGUGAGUCCGGUCCCAAAGGCGAACCGGGUGAUGCUGGACCUGCAGGUGCCCCUGGUACAUCUGGUGAACAAGGCAAGCAGGGUCCUCGUGGUGAAGUUGGUCUGCAGGGACUGCCAGGAAUUUCUGGCGAAAGGGGUUCCCCUGGUAACCGUGGUAUCCCAGGUCGUGAUGGAUCAGCUGGCGGCAUGGGUGCACCUGGCAGACGUGGUGAAACUGGUUCUGCUGGUGCCAAAGGGCCUCCUGGUGACAUGGGACGUCCUGGUGAAAGUGGUAUGCCUGGUCCACGGGGUCUCGUAGGUAGUACUGGCAAUAUAGGUGCUCCAGGCAAAUCAGGUCCUGCUGGCCCAGUUGGAGAAGAAGGUCGCACUGGUCCCCCUGGUCCAGUUGGCCCAAGAGGUCAGGCUGGUAUGAUGGGCUUCCCUGGUCCAAAAGGUACCGCUGGAGCAUCUGGUAAACCUGGUGAUAGAGGAGCUGUUGGUCCUGCUGGUCUAAGGGGUGCACCUGGCAAAGAUGGUGAGGCUGGAGCCCAAGGUGCUAUUGGUGCUGUGGGUCCCGUUGGUUCAAAAGGUGAACAGGGUCCUAGUGGCAGUGCUGGAUUCCAGGGUCUCCCUGGUCCUUCUGGUGCAGUUGGAGAACCUGGUAAACCAGGUGACAAGGGCAUCCGAGGUGAUACUGGCAGUCAAGGCACUUCUGGUGCAAGGGGUGAGCGAGGUGGCCCAGGUGAACGAGGUGCUGUUGGUCCUCAAGGUCUUAGUGGGCCUCGUGGUCCCCAAGGUGCCCCUGGUGCUGAUGGUGGAAAGGGUGAAGCUGGUGCUACUGGUCCUGCUGGUAGUCAAGGUCCUCAAGGUGCUCAGGGUAUGCCAGGUGAGAGAGGUGCCUCUGGAAGCCCUGGCAUUAAGGGUGAAAAGGGUGACGUUGGUCCACCUGGUCCCCAAGGAAAUCCAGGCAUGGAUGGUCCACGGGGUGCUCCUGGUUCUGCUGGUGCUCCUGGUCCUGCUGGACCCCCUGGUGACAGGGGUGAAGCAGGUGCCUCUGUCCAGCGGCCCAUCUGGUCCGCUGGGUGCUGCUCGGUAGAUCAUGUAGCACACAAGUUCCCAGCCAAAGGUUUUCAGCCAAAUGCUGAAGAGGGUGAACGUGGAGAAGUUGGCCGUGCUGGUCCCACUGGAUUUGUUGGUCCUCCUGGUGCAGAUGGACACCCUGGAGCCAAAGGAGAGAAAGGUAUUCCUGGUGCCAAAGGAGAAGUCGGUUCUGCUGGUGCUGUGGGUCUUCCUGGCUCUGCUGGUCCUGCAGGUGCUGCUGGAGAACCUGGUCUACAAGGAGCUAUGGGUUCAAAUGGUGCACCAGGUAUGACCGGCUUCCCAGGUCCUGCUGGCUUAGUAGGUGCUGCUGGCCCAGCUGGUUCUCAAGGUCCACAAGGUCCUUCCGGUCCAGCUGGUAAUACAGGCCCACAAGGUGCAAGAGGUGACAGUGGUCCACAAGGCCGCUCUGGUCCAACUGGUCAUGCUGGUCCAUUUGGUUACCCUGGAGAAAAGGGUCCAGCUGGUGAACCAGGAGCUGCUGGACUUCCAGGCUCCCCUGGUCCUCAAGGUUUACUUGGCCCAGUAGGUUUACUUGGUCUUCCAGGAACAAGAGGUGAGGCAGGUCUCCCAGGUAUCUCAGGUCCAACUGGUUUGCCUGGCCCUACUGGUCCUGCAGGUGCUGCUGGUACUCGUGGUGCAGCUGGUGCUGUUGGUCCUGCUGGUCUAGUUGGUCAGCCUGGUGAAUCUGGCCGUGAUGGAAAUCCUGGUAGCGAUGGUGCUCCUGGCCGUGCUGGAUUGCCUGGGCCCAAGGGUGAGCGUGGUGAAGCUGGCAGGGCUGGCCCUCCUGGUUCAGUUGGUCCACCUGGUGCUCACGGUCAUGUAGGUCCAAUCGGCAAGGCUGGCAACCGCGGUGAGGCUGGCCCUGGUGGUGCAGUUGGUGCUGUUGGCCUAAUGGGUCCCAGAGGUCUUGCUGGUCCACAAGGUCCACGUGGAGAAAAGGGAGAAACUGGUUACGCCGGUUCUAGAGGCCUGAAAGGAUUAAGAGGACCUGGUGGCCUGCAAGGUCUCCUGGGUAUUUCUGGUGAACCUGGUGGUCAUGGCCCUACUGGACCUUCUGGCCCAAGGGGUCCAGCUGGUCCUUCCGGUCCUCCCGGCAAAGACGGCGCCCCUGGACACGUUGGUCCAAUGGGUCCUGUUGGUCAUCGUGGUCGUGCUGGUGAUACCGGUCCCCAAGGUCCUCCAGGUCCUCCUGGCCUUCCUGGAUUCCCAGGUGCUGCUGGUGGUCACUACGAAGUGAGCUACGAUCAUGAAUAUUACAGAGCUGAUCAACCUGCUGCAAGAGAGAAGGAUCUUGAAGUUGAUGCCAAACUGAAAGUUUUGACCAGGCAAAUUGAGAACAUCCGCAGCCCUGAAGGCUCAAAGAAAAACCCUGCUCGCUCAUGCCGUGACCUGAGCCUCAGCCAUCCUGAAUGGAUGUCAGGUUACUACUGGAUCGAUCCCAACCAAGGAUGUAUCAUGGAUGCCAUCAGAGUUUACUGCGACUUUGCAUCUAGAGAGACUUGUGUACAUGCCAACCCAGACAUCAUUGAACGUAGGAACUGGUGGAAGAACAAGAAUAACCAAGAACAGAAACACAUCUGGUUUGGAGAAACUAUUAAAGAUGGUGUGCAGUUCGCUUACAAUGAUGAACACAUCACUCCAUUUGUCAUGGGGACCCAGCUGACCUUCCUGUACCUUCUCUCCAAUGAAGCCUCCCAGAAUAUCACCUACCAUUGUAAGAACAGUGUAGCAUACAUGGAUGAGGAGACUGGAAGCCUGAAAAAGUCAGUUAUCCUUCUCGGUUCCAAUGAUGUUGAACUCCGAGCUGAAGGUAACAGCAGAUUCACUUACAGCGUUCUGGAAGAUGGAUGCACGAGACAUACCGGUGAAUGGAGUAAGACAGUCAUUGAAUACAGAACACAGAAAACAUCUCGCUUGCCAAUUAUGGACAUUGCACCUAUGGAUAUUGGUGGCCCAGAACAGGAAUUUGGUUUGGACAUUGGCCCAGUCUGUUUCAAAUAAAUGAACUUGAGCUAAAUUAGAAUACUCUCUGCAUUUUUUCUUUUAUUUUUUACAUUGCUGACUCAUUCCAUGUCUUCUGCUCAUCCACUUGCUUAAGUUCUGGGCUUAAAGAGAAGUAGGAAAUCCAAAAAACGGAAAAUUGUUUUCUCCAUGCAAUUUUAAUGCAGUUCCCAACAACUUGGAAAUUUGAAGAGAUUAUUGCAGGUGAAACCCUGCCCUAAAGGUUAAAUCAAAACAAUGGAAAGUAAAUAAAAGAAAGUGAAAAAGAGUGUUAUUUGUAGUCUUUGAAUAUUUUUCAAAGAGGAAGUUUAAAACCAUAGCUUCCCACGGUUUAAACUACCUCAUAUACUUAUUUUAAAGUAUUAAACACAUAAUUACUUUCUCAAAAUUAACUGUGGUACUUGGGGUUCACAUUAUUUUGUAAAGGUGCUAAGUGGUAUUGAUUUGUGCAGAUACCGUACUUGAAGUACUGACUGUGGUGCUAACUGAAUGUCCCGUGCCAUCACUGAGUCUGUCACUAUGUGAGACCACACUUCCAGUGCUGUAUUAAGUUGUAAAGUGGUUUUUAUUUCUUAGUAAAUUCCAUUGAAUAUUACCAUGGAAUCCUCUUGUCUAUUCCCAAAUUAAACAUGUGGAUACCUUCCUUGCCAUUUCCAUCUCAUUACUUCAGGUGUUCAUGCUUUUAGCCAUGCACUUUCACUCCAACUGAAUGGAAAAAGGAGGCGACAAUCCUAAACUCAAAACAAUGACAACUAAAAAUGUUCCUAUUUUGUAUAUGUGACAAGUGAGAUGUUUUAAUAAUUGUGAAAUAAAGCAUGAAAAUGUUCUGAA